CAUAGUUACGAUAUUACUCAACUAAAGGAAUAAUCUGGUGAAUCAUUACGUUUAUGGAUAGAUGUUGGUACACUAUUCAAAGUGACCACUGUAUGUCGCUGCUGCACUAGCUAGCUUCUAAUUUACCAACUGCAGCCGUUCAGUAACGCACACUUGUGUCUAUCAGAGCAAUAACAACGGCGAGCAAACACGCCACAGAACAAACCCUUCCCCGAAUAAUUGCCACAAUAACACAUAUCGCAGUUACAUCUCCACCCGAUCCUAAUGAAGAAGCUUCGGUUUGACUGACUGGGAGAUGGGAGUACAAAACAUAACAGACCAGACUCCACUGGUCCAGGCUAUAUUUAGCCGAAAUGCAGAAGAAGUGAAGUUAUUGUUGCACAUGAAUGAAGAAGUCAAUGCACUGGACCAAGAACGCCGUACCCCCUUACAUGCUGCUGCGUGUUUGGGCGAUGUUCACAUUAUGGACCUUCUCAUUAAUUCAGGUGCUAGUAUUAACGCUAAGGACCAAGGCUGGCGGACUCCCCUGCAUCGGGCAGCUGCCUCACAGAACGAAAAGGCCGUGGGGCUGCUGCUGAGACAGGAUGCGGAGGUCAAUGCCCGGGAUAAAUUCUGGCAGACGCCGUUGCACGUGGCUGCGGCGAACCGGGCCACACGCUGUGCUGAGGCUCUCAUCCCCAAGCUGAGCAGCCUGAAUGUGGCGGACCGCUCCGGCAGGACGGCUUUGCACCAUGCUGCACACAGCGGCCACGUGGAGAUGGUGAAUUUGCUCCUCAACAAAGGGGCCAACCUGAGUGCCAGCGAUAAGAAGGAGAGACAGCCAAUCCACUGGGCCGCAUACCUUGGGCAUCUGCAGAUCGUGAAGCUUCUUGUGUCGCGGAGCGCGGACGCCAUGUGCAGGGACAAGCGCGGUUAUACCCCGCUCCAUGCCGCAGCUGCCAGCGGCCAGAUUGAGGUGGUCAAGUACCUGCUGCGGCUGGGCUCAGAGAUUGAUGAGCCUAACGCCUUUGGGAACACAGCGCUCCACAUGGCGUGCUACACGGGCCAGGAGGCGGUGGCCAACGAGCUGGUGAACCGCGGCGCCAACGUCAACCAGCCCAACCACCACGGCGGCACGCCGCUGCACCUGGCCGCUGUCUCAACCAACGGGGCGCUCUGCCUCGAGCUGCUAGUCAACAACGGCGCUGACGUCAACAUGCAGAGUAAAGAAGGGAAGAGCCCUUUGCACAUGGCCGCUAUUCACGGGCGCUUCACCCGCUCCCAGAUCCUUAUCCAAAACGGUGGGGAUAUAGACUGUGUAGAUAAAUAUGGCAAUACUCCUCUUCACGUUGCUGCUAAGCACGGCCACGAGCUGCUGAUCAGCACCCUGAUGACUAACGGUGCUGACACAGCCAGGCAAGGGAUUCAUGGGAUGUUUUCGUUGCAUUUGGCUGUGCUCUACGGGUUUUCAGACUGUUGUCGCAAGUUACUCUCCUCAGGUCAGCUGUACAGCAUUGUAUCAUCUCUAAGCAACGAGUAUGUGCUGUCAGCCGGGUUUGACAUCAACACCCCAGACAGCCUGGGGAGGACCUGCCUGCACGCUGCUGCCUCUGGAGGAAACGUUGAAUGUCUUAACUUGCUGUUGAGCAGUGGUGCCGACUUGAGUAAAAAGGACAAACUGGGAAAAGCUCCUUUGCACUACGCUGCKGCGAAUGGGAGCUACCAGUGCACGGUUGCCCUGGUGAGUGCUGGUGCCGAGGUGAAUGAGCUGGACCAGAAAGGCUGCAGCCCCCUGCACUACGCUGCCGCAUCGCAGACCUUCUGCCGAGUGGACAGACAUUACUCAGUCGGACACCAGAGUGAGGAGAGGGCAAAGGAGGACUUUUUUUGUUUGGAGUAUCUGCUGGAUAACGGGGCUGACCCGGCUCUGAGGAACACCAAGGGUUACAGCGCAGUCCACUACGCAGCAGCCCACGGAAACAAGCAGAACCUGGAGCUGCUCUUGGAGAUGUCGUUCAACUGUCUGGGAGACGUGGAGAGCAGUGUUCCAGUUAGCCCUUUGCACUUAGCCGCGUAUAACGGUCACUGUGAGGCGUUGGGGGUGCUGUCUGAGACGCUGGUUAGUCUGGACGUUCGGGAUGCGGGGGGGCGCACCGCCCUCUACUUGGCGGCCCAGAAGGGACACGCUCAGUGCUUGGAGGUCCUGCUGUCCCACGGGGUCUCCUGCCACCUCAGGGAGCGCCGCAACAAGUGGACCCCACUCCAUGUCGCAGCUUCCAACGGCCGAACAGACUGUCUGCUCAUGCUGGUCAACCGAGGGGAGAAGGCUGACAUCAUCGACAUUGCCGACGUACAGGGACAGACGGCUCUGAUGCUGGCAGCUCUGGGCAGUCACACUGACUGUGUCCACAUCCUGCUGGAGAAGGGAGCCGGGGCUGACGCCGCCGACAAGCGAGGCCGCACAGCCCUACACAGAGCUGCGGUGAUGGGCUGUGAGGACUGUGUGUCGGCCCUGCUGGAGCAUGGUGCUUCGGCUCUGUGCAGGGACUUCCGAGGGCGCACCCCCCUGCACCUGGCUGCUUCCUGCGGCCACAUGGAGCUCCUGCGCAGCCUGCUGCAGGGCGCCACACGCACCGACCCCCUCGACUCAAUGCUGGACUACAGUGGAUACACUCCCACCCACUGGGCCGCUUACCACGGGCACGAAGACUGUUUGGAUGUUUUACUUGAACACAAACCUUUUAGUAUCCAGGAAGGAAACCCCUUCACCCCAUUGCACUGUGCUCUAAUAAAUGGCCAUGAUGGUGCUGCUGAACUCCUGGUAGAGACGGUCGGACCUCAGAUGGUGAACAUCAGAGACGCCAAAGGAAGGACCCCGUUGCAUGCAGCUGCCUAUUCGGAGAGUGUGGGCGGGCUGCAGCUGGCCCUGGUCCAGGGGGCAGAGGUCAAUGCCGUGGACACCACAGGACGCUCCGCCCUGAUGGUUGCCUCCGACAACGGACGGACCGCAGCCGUCGAGAUCCUGCUGCACCAGGCCAAGGCAGACCUGACCCUGCUGGAUGUCAACGACAACACCGCCCUUCACCUGGCCUGCAGCAAGGCUCAUGAGAUGUGUGCCCUGUUAAUCCUGGGAGAGAUCAGCGACCCUUCCCUUAUCAAUGCAACAAACAGUGCACUGCAAAUGCCCCUUCAUAUCGCAGCGAGGAACGGUCUGGCUACAGUGGUCCAGGUGCUCCUCAGCCAGGGGGCAGCUGUGAUGGCUAUAGAUGAGGAGGGCCACACCCCGGCCCUGGCCUGUGCCCCUAACAAGGAUGUGGCGGACUGCCUGGCCCUGAUCCUCUCCACCAUGAAGCCUUUCCCUCCCAAAGACGCCAGCGCCGCCGCCUCCUUUGGCCUCAACCUGCUGAAGCACUGUGGCAUCGCCACCACCUGCGGGCCCCUGCCCAACGGCACCCUGCACCACGCCUACGCCAAGGACCGCCACGGCACCGCCGGCCUGGACGGCUGCUUCACCGAGUGAAGCGAACCCCCAACCUGUUCCCCUCAAACCUCCCUACCCUGUCCCCUUACAUCUUUAACUAGCCAGAUCUGCCCUCUUUAAUCCACUAUGAUCUGGGGGACCCCCCCCCCCCCCCCUUCUAACACACACAACAAGAGCAGGAAUAUACUUUGAUUUACGUGUGUGUAAGUGCGCGUGUGUGUUUGGAUGUGCGCGUGUGUGUUUGGAUGUGUGUGUGUGUUUGGAUGCAUGUUUGGAUGUGUGUGUCGGUAUAUGUGCGCGUGCGUUUGUCUUUUGUGUGUUUAAAGAAAAACGAAAUCCCUUAUGGGUGCAGUCAAACCUAUAUGCAAUUAUUUGCCUCUGUGGCAUAUCGUCUCUGUCGUCGCUAGCCUGGCCUUAGGUCAGACACCCUCUGUCCAGUGUCCAGGACAGAGCACGUCACUGAGUCCCUCUGAAUCGUACCGGCAGAGUUUCUGUAUCAUCAUGAAGUUAUCACGGUUUUGUUGAAUUAACAGAUUCACAAGCAUGUGUUAUAAGCUACAGUCUAAAUUAAUUCUAAAUUAAAAUUAUUGUGAAUUUUUGAUAUUGCACUUCAACAACGAAUAAACUUACCUCGCAAAUCCCAGUGAAAGAGAUGACCUAGUAGAAGGAGAACGGUGCCUCGCCAACUUCUACUCUGACUGAAACUGGUGCAAUAGGCAGCAUGUGUGGGUCGUUCCAGUGCUGUGCCUCUCUCCGAAGACUAGAAUACAACUGAAGUAGUAGAGUGGGAAUACACGAGAGAAAGUGGGAGAGAGUGAUAGACCGUCGCUGGGUUUGACUGUACAGUUAAGGGUCUGGGUGAGUUGAGAGCUCUGCAGAGAAGCCCAUGGAUUUGAAAACAAGUGGUGACAAGCUGGUGUUGACUCACCUAGAAGUCCAACAACAAGCACCUCCCACUGGCUAAGGCCGUCUGAGUGACAUCAUCCACCAGGUCCAGUAGAUGCCUGACUUUUGUUGGCUGGGUUUUUCUGCAUUAGCCCCCUCUCACUGAGUCCAUACUGAAGGGAGUAGUUGUGGGUCUUGCCUGAACCCCACUCCCGCUUGUCACUCGUAGAAUACUUUUGGUACCUUAAUUAAGGUGGUUCUAAGACGUUUCUGGAUAUUUAACAAUGUUGUGCCUAUGGAAUACUGAGAGAUGACCACAACCCCUUAACCUCACCUACUUUAUACCCUCUGAUCCCCCACCUGAUCCCUGAUUUAUUUAAGAUUUUAAAAGAGAACAAUGCUAGGGGGACAUUUUUAAAGGAUGAAAUGUAGAUUUGAAGAGAAAUGGGUUUAGCACACAUACUGAACAGCAUAAGCUAUUUUUGUUGCUGUCGUAUAAACACUUGUUUACAUAAUGUAAAUGGUCGUCGUAUUUACUUGUGAAUCGACAGUCUAAUAUGUUUGCACAAUAAGGCCAUGCCUCCAGUAGGAAAAUAAAGAGCGAAGACGUGUUUUCAAUAUAGCUGCUAAAAUAUUCCUGCCUUUUCCAUGGAUUCUAUUCACGGUUUCUGUCAAUGCGGGUCUACAUUUGGUGUGUACAUUUUUUUUUUUUUUUUAUUGGGAAGCAAUAUUCAAACAGACUUCAAAUUCUUUAGCAUUUUUUUUCUUUUCAUGCAGUUUGCUGUGUGGAAAGGUUCAUGUUUUUACCUCAACAUUGGGGAUGAUUUCAAGUUUUCAAGAAAAUAAUUUGCACUACCCCUAAAGUUAAAGUAUUAUUUUUCAAAUGGAAUAGGUAGAAUGUGUUUUUAUUGUUUUUCUAUUCUUUCCAAACAGCCAUACUUGAAAAAAAGUCUGUAAUCCCAAUCAAACGGCAUGCGCUGUAAUCCUCACUUGUCACGUCAACACUUGUCACGUUGAUAGGCAUAGCAUUGAGAGUUGUCAAAAGUACAGCCAAAAACACAAAUGCAUUCCUUUUAAAUUUUAAUUAGGCACGUCUUGUACUUACCUCAAAGCUUUUAACAACGCAACUCAUUGACCUCUGUUUGGGCCACACUAUAGAUCCAUUUAUUUUUAUUGAAAGCUUCUCUGCCGCCUUUUGCACAGUAGUUGAAUCAGUUUAGUUUUAAGGUUAUCAGUUGAUUACGCUGUUUAUGAAGAUUGUUAGUUAUGUUCAUCUGAACAGAAUUCAAAAUGAUGUUCACUCAGUUUGUAAUUGUUUUCUUGAGAUUGUAGAGAUUUCCCCCCCCAAUUUUCUUUUUUAUUACAAAAUCAGUUUUUAUCAGCAUUUGACCCUAGUCAAACAUUCAUAAAGUAAUUUGAAUAUUUAAACAGGAAAAGGUAUUUUUAAAUCCAUGGUGUACUGUAACAUUAUGCAUUAGCCUGCUUUGUAUCUGUAUUUUCCAUAUUCCAMAUGUAGUUAGAUGGCAAAAUUGCACAAGUAGUGUUACUGUACCAAUGCAUAUCUUUUCUCUUAACAGUACACCAUAUUGACAAAGUAUGGCUGACACAAAAAUACAAAAUAUUUAUAUUAUGUUGGUACGGUUAUGUAUGGACAGCUACUUUUUUUUUUUUUUGAGAUGACAAUCAGCAUCACAAGGGCUUUUUAUUUAUAAGUAAAUGCUUUUCGGAAGUUGUUUUUAAGAAGUGUAUUUCGGGAUUUUAUUUAUUUGAAUGUCAAAGAAUCAUAAAAGUCAUUGAGGAUUUCUUUACACCCGUUUUGAAGUAUGUGUGCUCCCAUUUCUCUUUUGCGGCAACAAGAACACCAUGUUGACAUGUCUGGUACAAAUACCUCCAUUGUGUUAUACACUGACAACCUUAACCCCCUUUCUCCGUUACAUUGUUGUUUCUCUCUGGAUAUGCCUCAUUCCUAUUAUCAGUUGUGUAACCUAGAAUUGUUCUCUUUUGAAUGGAAUAUCAAAAUAAUUUUUCACAUCUCCUUAGAUGUACAUACUAUUCAUUAUAUUAAGAAAAAACAUUUGAUGCAUCAAUUUCUGAAUCAUAUUGCAGCCUGAGAUUCAUUGUCAGCUCCUGGUGCAUUCAAUCAUAGGGCUGGGAAGGAACUGUGUUUUAAAAAAGGAAAAAAAGAGAAUCUUAAAGUUAAAGCUUAUCUUGCACCUAUUCAGAUGCCAGUAAAGGGUAUUCCACAAGGUUUUUAAUGUCAAAGCCUUUUUAAGAAWAAAUAAGAUGACAAAGUCAAUAUCCUUUACAUGAUGUAGGAAUAGCAAAUUCCAAAACCAGUGUCGUUGUUCCUCAUAUUUAUACUAAUAUGCUGAAAAAAUGAUUGUAUUAAGCUACCUGAAAUUUGUGGCAUUUUACAUAAGCCUUUUUAUAUGAUGUCAGAGAAGGUUUAGGCCCAGUUCGAUGAGGUAAGAUCACAUCGAAUAGUAAGCCAUUUAAUAAUGUUCUAGGGUGAAUUGCUAUGUUAAUUAUAAUUGUUGGGUUGAUUUAAAUGAGAAUAGGAACUUACUAGAUCCAAU